CAGCAGUACGAAAAAGAUGCUCACGUUGAGCAAGAAUCGAGCUUUCUAGGAUAAGUUUGAGGUUAAGUUUGUUGAGACAUUCUCAACUAGUGGCAACAGGAAUAUGAAGCCUAUUAUAUCGCUUGGGGUUUGCGUGUUGUCCAGCUUGGUGGCACUGUUCGCUGUUGAAGCGUUUCCGUUUGAAACUCCCCGCGACAAACACUCGGCUGCGCCCAAAAAUUACCAGGACACAGUGAAACCAGUCGGAACAAAAAGUGCAGAACAAGUUCCUGAGUAUGUUCCCAGUGAUCUGGCAGGAGCAAACGAACAUCAGCAUGAGAAGAGAGAAACACUGACUCAUCCCAAUGCGGUGGAAUCGCUUCAGCUGGACAUGCAGCCACAGCACAUCCGCAUACCACCACGGCUACCCUUCUACGUUGAGGAACCGAACUACGUCGUAGUCAGGCGACCGUCGACCGCGGGAAUUGCCUUCAUUCCGCAGCGCGGUCGCAAAUCGGACCCCACCUCGAACACCGCCACCGCCCUGAAGAAACGCGAACUCUCCAUCCGACAGAUGCUCGACGGGCGCGAUUACUUCGUACCGAACCGCGGCAAGAAACGAGUCGGCAACGGGAUCUCCAAAAAGAUCAAAUUCGAUGAUAUUUUGAAUUCGGAUGAGCUGUUUAUACCAAACAGGGGAAAGAAGGAGCUUUUGGAUUUGUUCCCGGCCGUCGGCAGUGGCAAAAUCGUCAACGAGUUUCAACCAGUUUUCAGCAAGAAAAACGUCAUGAACGCCAUUCAAAAUAUUGGCAGCGCCGAUGUGGACUCGGGGGAAGAGCUGUUCUACCCAACCCGCGGCAAAAAGAACAUCUUGGAAAACCUUGCCCAAAACCAGGACACGUUCUUCUCGUCGCGUGGCAGGCGGAAUCCGGUCGCGUGGAGUCUGCUGAACGAUAACGGGCUGGGUCCGUGGGAAUAUGUGGUGGCCGCCGACGACUGUAGCAGUUCCGAAGCCGACCGGCAGUCAAUCGAUCGAUCGCUAUCAAUCUAACAAGAUUAUCACGUAAAGACAGAAAAUCCUCAAAACCGAAACCAAAGGCCAUUAAAAGGGGGACUGACGCGUUUCAUGAAUUUAUUAACCAGCUUGUUGUGAAGAAAUAAGUUUUUUUUUCACCUAGUGGAAGAUGAUAAAAUAUUCAUAGAAGAGAUAUUUAGGGGAUUGAAAUAAAAUCGAAAAAUGCUAA